AGGACGCACAGCCCUGCACAUGUUGGAGGAUGUCUUGGCAUUCGAGCGCAAGUUGACAGUGCUUGCCAGAGAUUUACAGAAAGGCACUUUGUCUCACUUCCCCAAUUUGAGAGAGUUCAAACAAGGUCACGACAUGAUAAUUUCGGAGUAUUUACAUUCUGCAAUCAUCGCAAUGCAAACAUCGUUUGGGAAACGCUUCUGUGAGUUCAGAGAGGAAAAAAACACAUUAUCCUUCCCGGUCACUCCCUUAAGCAUCGAUCCUUCCCUACUGAAUACGACUGCAUUGGCAGGUGUGAGUCAACCUGAUCUUGAGAUGGAACUGGCCGACAUAGCCGACAAAGACAUAUGGGUGUCCAAGUUUAGACACUUGACAGCAGACCUUGAAGAUGUUGCCCGUCAGAAGGCCGUUCUUGCUCAGAAUCACAAAUGGAGUGAUAUUGAAAACCUUCCAAAUCCGGACCAACUUGUGUUUGAAACAUGGAAUGCUGUGCCCGACAUUUAUGUAAACAUGAAAAAGUAUGCGCUUGGAGUCCUGUCGAUCUUUGGAUCCACAUAUGUAUGUGAGCAGGUGUUCUCCAACAUGAACUUUAUUAAAAACAAACAUCGCGCAUGCUACACAGAUGACAGCUUGCGAUCCUGUGUAAAGAUGAAGGUGACGUCAUACAGCCCUGAUGUGCAGACGCUGUGCGCUGAGGUCCAGGAGCAGAAAUCCCAUUAACCAAGCUGACAGCUGGCUGAUGAUAUUUUUGGUUUGCUGCUGGCGGAAAAUUUAAGUUCGGCGUUUUUCAUAAAUACAAGAAGGACUCAAAUAGACAUUGAGUAUUUUACUUAAAAGUAACUUUCAACCCAACGUCUUUUUUUCGGAGUUCAAAAUGUUUUUGUUGCAUGCAGAAAUGUAAUUUCGUUUUCUCUGCAGGAGUUCAUCAAUUUCAUAAAUGCAACACAUUAUAGUUUGUUUAUACAUAGCAUAAAGGCAAAAAAAACGUU